CUCGUGACCGCCCAGCCGCCGACCCGCCGGACCCUCGAGGGCCACACCCCCCUCCGACCGCAGACGCCGAGAGAAACGCAACGGCAACAACCCCCGAUCCCCACCCCACCCCGGUCCUGACCAGGCCAGAGCGUGUCACCUUCCCGCCCAUGAUACGCACGCGGCGCAACACUUCUCUCCUUCGAUCCGCCGCUGCCAAAACAAAACACGCCGCUCGUUGUCGACUCUAGCUUCGUGCCGAGGCCCAAUACAAAGGGCUCGAUGAUGACCUCGACCCGACCCCGCCAUGUCGGCGGCAGCUUUGCGAGCCGACGCGGUCACGGCAGCCAGUUGUCCAUCUCCGACCCGAGCCACCACGUCACCGAAACGAUAGGCACCAUGUACGGCGACGACGACGACUCGGGCGCCGAGGACACCCGGCCACUGAGCUUCAUCGCGUCCAAGCACGGCGCCGAGAACUUGGACAAGGCUCAGAAGCUGGACCAGCCGGCCGGGGACCGCCUGAGGCUCGUUCGGACGACCGCCGACCAGACAAGCUCCCCGGCGACCCAGUUGUCGCCGGAGUCCAACAGUGCCGACGGCGGCGAUGGCGCCGACCCGAGGAAGGCUCAAACGUUUCCUGCCCGCUUAGCGAGCGAACGAGGCGGCCCGAGCGACCAUCCGAAGUCUCCUCUGCUACCGGUGUCGCCGACGCCGUCCUUGCGAGAUGUCCAGAAUGCGUCACCCUCGCAGUUUCCGCUGACGGACAUGAACAACCCCGAUGACAUCGCUCAGGAGCUCAGCAAGCUCCAGAACCUGCGCCGGAUGUCGAUGGAUGUCUCGAACACGACCGACCCCGACCUGCUGCAGUUCUCGGGCGUGUCGUUGAUGGAGAUGCCCUCAAUAGCGCCCUCCGGCGACGAUGACGAGGCCGACCCGUCCCGCCUGCUCUGGGUGCCGGCCAGGGUGCAUCCGGAGCUGGAGCCGACAGCCUUCAAGAACUUCCUCGAGAAACGGGUACAGUCAAUGAAGCGCAGGUCGGGGGAGUCGUUCCUCUCGGUCGAGGGACUGCAGCGGAACAAUUCGGGCAACUUGAGAAGGAAGAAGUCGAUGCUCUCUCGCCAGGUCACCCCAGGCGGCGAAGGCGGGGAGCCGAAUGCCAACGAUCCCGAGGAGCUGGGGCGGCAGCGCUCUGUCACCGAACGUGCGCCAGAGCUCAGCCUAUCCGAGUUGGUCACCGACCCCACGAAAGCGGUGCAGAAGCUGGCACAGGAGACGAGAAAAGAGAGCGAGGAAGGAGACAGCCCAAUCCUUCCGAUGGCGCCCGGGAUGGGCCUUCGCCGCGCCAAGAAAACGACCUACAGAAAAGGCGGCAGCCAACGCUAUGGGGACAGAGCCCCGUUCUCGAAACGACUUGCGGCAAGACAGGGCGAGAAGGAGACCAACGACGAGCCGCCUCCGAUGCCGCAAAUUGACCCGUCCAUUGGAAAACCACUGACCAGGACCCUGUCGGAGCCCAUAGCCGAGAACUACUCGCGCCCAACCCGAACGGUUCGGAGGCAGCAGAACUUCUCGAGAGAGGGCGCUGUAGCAACAGCUUCACCGCCCGCAGCCGAUGGGCCAGCUCAGGACGAAGGCUCUACUGCCGGCGAGCCCUCCUCUACUCCAAAAUCCCAGGCACUUCCCGUCAGAUCAUCCUCAACAUCGGCGAUUCGCACACCCGCCGCCCCUGUUCCUCAAGCGCUCGAGACGCCUCCGGCAGACGAGGGCGCUCAGGCAGCUCCACCAUCACAGCCACAGAGGUCGUCCUCGCAGAAGGCGUCGACUCCGAGCUAUUCGGACCAGCCUCCUGGGGACAGCCCCCCUGUUCGCUCGAGCAAGCGUCCCUUGGCAAGCCAGCCUUCCAAGGUUCCCGUGCCUGCUGCGAGAGCCGGUAGUGUGAAGGAGCGGGCAUCCACAGUCGGCAACGCUCUCAGUGAAAUCAGCCACCCCCAUCCUCUGCCUGGAAGCGGUGGCACCACGACCAGCAGUCUGACCUUCAUCCCAACGUUCGACAGCAUCGAAAAGAAGCUCGAUAGAAAGAGUAAGGAGAAAGAUGAUAGCGACAGCAUUGUCUCUCACAAGUCGACGUCGAGUUGGAAAUGGUUCAAGAGCGACGACAAGGAGAAGAAGAAGCGGGAAAAGGAAAAGGAGAAGGAGAAGGAGAGAGAAAGAGAGCGCGAGCGCGAGCGCGAGAGGGAGGAGCAAGCUAAGAAGGCCAAAGGCAAGACCGGCGACAAGGGCCACGACCACGCUCGCAUGGACGUUCUCCAGAGUUCCAUCGACAGCGUUCCCAAAGGCCGUGAAAGCCUCCGCCUGGAUCGCGACAGCAUUGAUGGAUUGCCGCAGGAGGAGCGGAAGAGGGAGACAAACCGCAAGUCAAGCGAGGGCAAAAAGGACAGGGAGGGCUUCUUCGGCGGUCUGUUCGGCGGCUCCAAGAAGAAGGGCGACAAGGAGUCCAGCCACAAGAAGAAAGACCACCGGCCGGCCUCCCCUGACCCUCCGCCGCGCCCGCUGCGGCCAGACAUCGACUACGCCUGGACGCGGUUUCCGAUCAUUGAGGAGAGAGCCAUUUAUCGGAUGGCCCACAUCAAGCUCGCAAACCCCCGUCGUCCGCUGCUCAGUCAAGUUUUACUCAGCAACUUCAUGUACUCGUAUUUGGCCAAGGUGCAGGCGAUGCAUCCCCAGCUGCAGAUCCCCGUCUCGCCGCAGCAGAAGAGGAUGGAGGAGGAGCGGAAGCGUCGCGAGGCAGAGCAGGCGCAGCUGCAGAUGGCGCUAGACAUGGCCCAGCAGGCUGCUCAAGAUGGGAGUUUUAACUUUGAAUACCAUCGCUCUGGCAACCAGUAUGGCGACGCCCCCCUCCAGCACGACGGCACGGCCCCCUACGUCGACGACGCGCAGAUCUACGAGUACGAGCACAGCGACCGCCAGCCGAACGACGGCGACGGAUAUGUUUCGCAGGGGAAGAUGCAGGGCCACGAGCCGGGACACGUCCGCCAGGCCAGCGGCGGCGGUGGGCAGCAAAACGGCAACGGCACCUACUACUACGGCCACGAGGACAAGCGGCUCGACGGCGACGAUGAGAACAGCGAUAUGUGGUAGGCCCAUCCCUAUCGCGCGCCGUCGCGCGCCGACCUGGAGUCGUGCUUCAGCGAGCACCAGGCGGCGACUACCAGCGCCCGUCAGCAAAAGAGCCCUUCUUCCUUGCCUGAUCUCGGCAGGAAGGGGUCGCUGACCAAACGCCUGCGGAACUGGUCGGCAAGUCCUCGGUCGCCGCGGUCCCGCCCGUCGCGGUCGCUGUCGCGCUCGCGCUCGCGCUC